AACAUGGCAUGUAUUAGAGCAAUUAAAAAUGUGGUGUGUUAAACAAUCUGGUUUAAAGUGUUUAUCUACAAAGCUUGUUUUUUGCAGUUUAAAGUAAUCAAUACACUCAGUACCCAAUAGUCAGGUGACAGUAUACAUAGUUACACUGUUUACUCCUAUAAUACAAUCGCCAUUUGACGGUUAACUUGGUUGCUGUUCAGUUCGAAAUUUAUUAAAACUUGUCUGUGUUUAAUAACAUUGUGUGUGUUUGUUUUCUGGGAUAUUUAGUGUACACACGCUUGGACAUAAAUAUGUCAAUUGAUUUUAGUUUGUAAAAUCUUGUUUGUUGAAAGUGAAUUAUCAAAAUGGCGACAUCUGGAAUUUCAAGAAAUUAUGAUUUUGUUAAAUAUUAUUGUUGUACAAUCUGCGAGAAAGAACGAUCUGUAGAAAUAGAUGCAGAUUUUUACUGUAAAACAUGUCUUAAAUACUUCUGCAGAAGAUGUAUAAACUCCCACAGACAGCAUGGUUGGUUGUUUUUCAAAAAAUCUCCUUAUGGAAAGGAUAAAAUAAUGAAGUGGCCACUUUCUAAGAAGAUGGAGACUUCUCUUUUAACAUGCGUCAUACACACGAGUGAACAAAUAACAAUGUACUGCGCAGACCACAGUCAGCUGUGCUGCUCUAUAUGUUUUGAGCUUAAUCACAGACUAUGCUUACAAGUAACUCCAUUACCUCAGGCUGCCAGAGGGAAGUCAACCAACUUUAAGAACCUGUCUGUCAGAACGGAAAAUACUCUUUCACAAAUGAAACAAUGUCAGACAUAUCAGGAGGACAGAAUGAUGUCUCUUAAGGUUUCAUAUAAAGAACAUGAGAGGCUUAUUGUGGAUGGUUUGCGUGUGAAUAUAGUAUCGUAUUUACGCGAAUGUGAAACCAGCACAGUUAAUACAACACAUGAACAUAUGCAAUACCCUAUCAGUGAAAUGCGUGAGGGAAUCAAAAAUUUAUUAGCAGAUUUUGAGAAAAGCACUAUUAAGGAGAAGAAAGAAGAGCUAAACCUGAAACAAGCUCCUCUCAAGGUUUUGAGAAACAGCUGCAUUAGACUUCACUAUGAAUUGUUCCAUCUCCAUGUAGCCAUUCCGAAAGUACUGGGUAAGCCUGAACUCUCUUUUAUUGCCAGUAAAAAAUGUCUGGAAAAUAUACAACAAUCUGAUAUAUUUAUAAAAGAGAACUUUUCAAACCAUGUUUUCACUGUGAAUGGGAAGUCUGUGCACAAUGUGAAAAUACCAAGUGAUUCAUACACAUGCCAGAUCAAAGCAGUAUGUGCUCUCCCAAAUGGACAGGUACUGGUUGCAGACUGUUACAAUGAUAAAGUCAAGCUUCUGAACCAGCAGUACCAGGUGGUGAGCCACUUGGAUGUGAGGGAUGAGCCAUGGGAUAUGUGUCUUAUCACACCCACUGAGGUUGCAGUGGCUAUGGAUUAUGAGGUCCAGUUUAUCACAGUAAGCCAGAGCCAACUCGCCAAAGGCAGGAAGCUUAAGUUACAAUAUGAAGGUACAGGUAUUGCCCACAAUCAGGGUGACCUAUAUAUCUGCUUUGGUACUGCUCUGUACAAGUUCACAUUGAGUGACAAACUGGUCUCCUGGCUCUAUGGAGAUACAUCAGCUGAUUUAACAGUAUACAAGUGUGCUGUGAGUCCCACAGGAGACAGGCUGUACAUCAUCGGCAGGUACCGGCAGCACAAGCUUCUCACCCUGGCCAGGGAUGGCACACUCCUGGCUACAUUCACAGACAUAACACUAUUGCGCCCACUUGGUCUACAUGUGACCCCUGCAGGCCAGGUGCUGGUCUGUGGACACCUGUCCAACACUGUACUACAGGUGGGCUGGAAGGGAGAGAGUAAGCUGGCUACGCUGGCUACUCAGGAGGAUGGAGUGUGGUGGCCAGCGUCAGUCUGCUACAGCAGCACCACAUCAUCCAUCAUUGUGGGACAGUGGGGGGACGACAACAUCCUGGUGUUCAGAGUGGAAUAGUGUGUACAUUUGCUGCUGGGUCGGGUCAACGUUGCUGAGGAUGUGGGGGACAAGCAUGACGCAGAAGGAGAGCACCAGCAUUGAUAUCGAGUUGGCCAAGCAACAGCACCAGUCUGGCCUGUAGGAGCCCCAAUACAGAACGAUCCUUUCCCUCCCCUGAUCCCUAGCUCCUCCCUCUGGACCUCCGGCCUCAAAGGGUCAGCAUCGUUACACAAGUCUGUUCUGCAAUAAAUCCUCAGCACGUCAAGUUUUCACGCGCUGUUAUGAACAACCGAAAUGUCUGUGUCGAGACUUUCCCAAGCAAGCCCGAGUAGUUUUGUUUAGCUCUAGUGCCCAAGUGGGAUGAGUGUUACAGAAGCAAAACGUAAUAGCAGCACUUAUGGUAAAGCUAAAAUUAAACGCUAACAGUUAGUUAUCGCUGUGGACAUCACGAAGAAUCUCACGAAGAAUUAAACGUUGAAUAAUUUGUUUCAUUCUUUAUAAGGCAGCUAUAUAUUCAGCGAUGAACGGGAGCAAAUCAAGGAACAAUCGAAACGAUUAAUUCAGAAGUGUAUCUGCUGGAGAUAGUUAGGACAGUAGUAGAGUUACAGACUGUCCUCAGCGCACAAUAUAUUCAUGUGGUGCGCCUCAGACGCGAAAUCCGCCCAUUAUUGAAAACAUGUUGCUAAAAGUAAACACGUCCGGUUUUGUUACGAGCACUUUGCACUCCGAGGCCAAAGUGCAUCGCAUUGAAUUGAGACUAAAGAAGGCUUCAAAACAUGACACCAGUUUUGUUGUAAGGUCCAGUACGCCCUUCGACUCUCAACCCGAAGUUAAUCAGAACUCAAACUCGGCCCUUAUAUCAGCUCAGCUUCUGAGCUUCAGGAGAGCACCAGAUUGGUAUUGAGCUGGCCCAGCAACAGUACCAGUCCAGCAUGCAGGAGAUCCAGUCAAGGACGACCCUUCCCCUCCCCUGACCACUAACUCCUCACUUUUGACCUGCAGCCUCAAAGGAUCAGCAUCGUUGAACAAUUCUGUUCUGCAGGAAAUUCUCAGAACGUCAAGUUUUUACGGACUGUUCUCAACAACCGCAAUGUCCUGGUCAAGUUUUCCACACUCAAGCCCGAGUAGUUUUGUUAAAUAUAAGCAGUAGAAAUGGUAAAACUAACAGCCAGUGUGCUUGCUCUGGGACAUCACAAAGAAUAUCACAGAAUACAAAGUUGAAUAACUUGUUCCAUUCAUUAUGGGACCAACAGAAAUUCAGCAAUAAACAGGGCAAAAAAUCAAGGAACAAUUGAAGCGAUUAAUUUAGAAGUGUAGGCUUUCCAAAGUAGAUACUUCUGCUGUUGAUAGUUUUGACAGUAAUAGCGUUACGGACGUCUCGGUUUGUUCUCUCAGGCGUGUAAACUGUCCAAAGAGAACACGCUUCUGACGCAUUUGCUGACGAAGAAAGGCAGUAAUGACUUGGCUGUGAACACCCAGAGCACAAUACAUCCUUGGGGCAUGCCUCAGACGCAAAUUCCGCCAAAGAUUAUAAACAAGGCGCAAAAUGUGAACAUGUCUAGCUUUGUUAUGAGCACUUCCCACUCCGAGCCCAUAGGCCUCGUAUUGAAUCGAGGCUAGAGAAGGCAUUGACAAAUGACAGCAGUUGUGUUGUGUGGUCCAGUACGCCCUUCGACUCUCAACUCGAUGUUAAUCAGAACUCAAACUCAGCCCUUAGCAAUAUCAGCUCAGCUCCUUGAGCCUCAGGACUUGAUGCAAUACUUGAUUGGUACCCAGCUUAACAACAGGCUCUCUGGUCAGCUGGUCCCAGACGCCAAGAGACACUUCCUGUGCAUCGAGGGUAGUUGGCUCUUGGCGCAGGACCUCGGGGCUAAUGCUAAACGAAUCCUUCCCGCAGGGUGCAGCCAGUCUAAACCUGGGGAUUCAAACUUUCCUGCCUAAGGGCCGAGAUUAUCUCAUCCACAAGGCACACAUUUCUGGGAGGCGCUAAGACCAUUUUAUCUGUUCACAGAGGCUUAUACUCACAAGUUCAGGCCCAGAGAGAAAUGUCCCCAACUACAACUUAACCCCUACAUCUCAAUAGGAGAGCACCAGCAUUGAUAUUGUGUUGGCCCAACAACAGCACCAGUCUGGCAUGCAUGAGCCCCAGCCCAGGACAACCCUUCCCCUACCCUGAUCCAUAUCUCCUCCCCCAAGACCUCCAGCCUCAAAUUCUGAACACAUCCAGUUUUCUUGCACUGUUCUCAUCAACCGCAAUGUCCACGUCAAGUUAUCCACUGUCGAGCCUGAGUAGUUUUUAUUUUAGCUUGAGUUUCUGAGUGGGAAGAGUGUUACAGACACAAGGAGUUAUAUCAGUAGUUAUGGUAAUGCUCAAUCAACAGUCAGUUCUUGCUGUUGGACAUCACUGCGAAUAUCACGACGAAUAAGAAGUUGAAUAACUUGUUCCAUUCGUUAUGGGACAAACACACAUUUAGCGAGGAACGGGACAAAAAAUCAAGGAACAAUUGAAGCGAUUAAUGCAGAAGUGUAGGCUUUCCAAAGAAGAUAUUUCUGCUGUUGAUAGUUAGGACAGUAGUAGCGUUACGGACCGUCUUGGUUUGUCCUCUCAGGCGUCUUAACUGUCCAAAGGGAACAUAAAGCUUUUGACGCUGUUGCUGAUGACGAAAGGCAGUAAUGACUCGGCUGUGAACACCCAGAGCACAAUACAUCAAUGGGGCAUGCCUCAGACGCAAAUUGCGCCCAAGAUUGUAAACAAGGUGCAAAAUGUGAACAUGUCUAGCCUUGUUACGAGCACUUGGCAAUUGUAUUGAAUCGAGAAUAGAAAAAUGGCUUUGAAAAAUGACAGCAGUUUUGUAAUGUCGUCCAGUACGCACUUCGACUCUCAACCGAGUUAGUCAGAACUCAAACUCGGGCCUUAGUAAUAUCAGCAAGUUGUAGAGAUGCUCAAACUGAAACAAUUUGUUCCAUCAGAUAGAACAGGCGUUGAUUGACUCGUCCGUAAAUGUGACUGGCCUUAAUAUGUUGCUCUCGAAUAAUGAUUAUGUGAACCUCAUUAGGAGAGCUGUCUUCGAUUGACGCCAUUCAACAACAGUUGUUGUCGGGAAUUCCCGGGUUUGGGUUGGUGACUUAGGUGUCGGGACUCGCUUCAUCUCUGCAUAUGGCACGGUCGCAGCAGCAGCAACAAGAACAGCAGGACCUCAUGCAAUCAUGGAUCGGUACCCAGCUGAACACCAUACUCUCUGGUCAGCUGGACCCAGACGCCCAGGGACACUUCCUGUGCGUGGGGUUGAUGGGCUCUUGGCCCAGGAUCUUAGGGCAAAUGCUCUAGUCCUACCCCCAGGAUGCAGCCAGUCUUAACCUCGGGCUUCAAUCUGUCCCAUCCAGGGGCCAAGAUGACCUCAUACACAAGGUUGAUCGUCGCUUCUGAGUCCGGACAAAGAUGCUGAGGAUGUGGUGGACAAGAAUGACCUGAAUAUGCAGAAGGACAGCACCACCAUUGAUUUCGAGUUGGCCCAGCAACAGCACCAGUCCGGCCUGCAGGAGCCCCAGUCCAGGACGACCCAUCCACUCCCCUGACCCAUAACUCAUCAUACUUGAUAUCCGGAAAAAUGGGGCCUUAUGCAUGUGCUUAAAUUGUUGUCACAGAUAAGCCUAUGUAGUUUGCACAGGCUAAUAAUGGACAACAUUUUCCUCUUAAAGCAGAGCACCAGCAUUGAUAUCGAGUUGGCCCAGCAACCACACCAGUCCCGCCUGCAGAAGCCCCAGUCCAGAAUGACCCUCCCCCUUCAUUGACUUCUAACUCCUCCCCCUUGACCUCCUGCCUCAAAAGGUCAGCAUCGUUGAACAACUCUGUUCUGCAGAAAAUUCUGAGCAUGAUUCUGUUCUGACAAAACGCAAUGCCCACUUUACGUUUUCCAAACAAAAGCCUGGGUAGUUUUGUUAAGCUAGAGUUCCGCGUGGGCCUGAAAGGGACAAGUGUUACAGACACGAAAAGUUAUAGCAGUAGUUAUGGUAACGCUAACAGUCAGUUGUUGCUGUUGGACAUCACAACAAAUAUCAUGAAGAAUAAAAAGUUCAAUCACUUGUUCCAAUCUUUAUGGGACAAACAGAAAUUGAACAGGAGAGAAUCAAGGAACAAUAAAAGCGUAAGCUCUCCUAGUGGUAUACGUCUGCUGUUGAUAGUUUGGACAACAGUUACGGACUGCCCCAGAUUGUCCUCUCAGCGGCCAAAAUAUCAUAAUGGAACAGACUUUUAGCAAUGUUACUGACAAAAAAAGGCAAAAAUGACUUUAUUGUGAACACCCAGAGCGCGAUACAUCCAUUCUGACACAGAAAGGCGGUAAUAACUUGGUUGUGAACACCCAGAGCACAAUACAUCCAUGCUGACACACAAAGGCAGUAAGGAGUUGGUUGUGAACACCCAGAGCACAAUACAUCCAUGCUGACACAGAAAGGCAGUAAUGACUUGGUUGGGAACACCCAGAGCACAAUACAUCCAUGCUGACACAGAAAGGCAGUAAUGACUUGACUGUGAACACAGAACACAAUACACCCAUGCUGACACAGAAUGGCAGUAAUGACUUGGCUGUGAACAAAGAGCACAAUACAUCCAUGCUGAAACAGAAAGGCAGUAAUGACUAUGCUGUGAACACCCAGAGCAAGAUAUAUCCAUGCUGACACAGAAAGGCAGUAAUGACUAUGCAGUGAACACCCAGAGCAAGAUAUAUCCAUGCUGACACAGAAAGGCAAUAAUGACUAUGCUGUGAACACCCAAAACACAAUACAUCCAUGCUGACACAGAAAGGCAGUAAUGACUUGGUUGUGAACACCAGGAGCAAGAUAUAUCCAUGCUGACACAGAAAGGCAGUAAUGACUUGGCUGUAAACACUAAGCACAAUACACCCAUGCUGACACAGAAAGGCAGUAAUGACUUGGCUGUGAACACAGAACACAUUACACUCAGGCUGACACACAAAGGCAGUAAUGACUUGGCUGUGAACACAGAGCUUAAUACAUCCAUGCUGACACAGAAAGGCAGUAAUGACUUGGCUGUUAACACAGAGCACAAUACACCCAUGCUGACACAGAAAUGCAGUUAUGACUUGGCUGUAAACACAGAGCACAAUACAUCCAUGCUGACACAGAAAGGCAGUAAUGACUUGGCUGUAAACACAGAGCACAAUACAUCCAUGCUGACACAGAAAGGCAGUUAUGACUUGGUUGUGAACACAGAGCACAAUACAUCCUUGUUGACACAGAAAGGCAGUAAUGACCUUGCUGUGAACUCAGAGCACGAUACAUCCAUGCUGACACAGAAAGGCAGUAAAGACUUGGAUGUAAACACCCAGAGCACAAUACAUCCAUGCUGACACAGAAAGACAGUUAUGACUUGGUUGUGAACACAGAGCACAAUACAUCCUUGUUGACACAGAAAGGCAGUAGUGACUUUGAUGUGAACUCAGAGCACGAUACAUCCAUGCUGACACAGAAAGGCAGUAAUGACUUGGAUGUAAACACCCAGAGCAUGAUACAUCCAUGCUGACACAGAAAGGCAGUUAUGACUUGGCUGUAAACACAGAGCACAAUACAUCCAUGCUGACACAGAAAGGCAGUAAAGACUUGGAUGUAAACACCAAGAGCACAAUACAUCCAUGCUGACACAGAAAGGCAGUAAUGACUUGGAUGUAAACACCCAGAGCACAAUACAUCCAUGCUGACACAGAAAGGCAGUAAUGACUUGGUUGUAAACACAGAGCACAAUACAUCCUUGUAUGACUCGGUUGUGAACACCCUGAGUACCCUACAUCCAUGCUGACACAAAAAGGCAGUAAAGACUUUGUUGUAAACACUAAGAGAUCCAUACAUCCAUGGGGUGUGCCACAGCCGCAAAUUACGCCCACUAUUGUGAACAAGGUUCUUAAAGUGAACACGUCUGGUUUUGUUAUGAGCACAUAGCACUCCAAGCCCAAAAGGCCUCGCAUUGAAUUGAUGCAAGAGAAGGCUUUGAAAAAUAACAGCAGUUUUGUUGUGUGGUCCAAUACGCCCUUCGACUCUCAACCUGAAGGAAGCAAAACUCAAACUCGUCUCUUAGCAAUAUCAGCAAGGCCAGCAUGUCAUCUCAGCUUCUUGAGCUUCAGUGAACUUUACAAGCAAACAUGACAAACGUCAUUGAAGUGAAAGUCGAUGACAGCCCCCUUCUUGCACACAUACUACAACUCGCUUAAGAAAUUCAGCAUGAAGACGUCUUGCGUCAGAAUACCAAGCCUCCUAUCAAUAUCUCCUCUCAUGUUGGCUACAUCAACACUUCCAACAGCAGAGCCUUGGUGAAUUGACUUCCGUCUCAGCAUCGAUGUCGCUUAGCAACAAUUGGAUGAUGGGCGUCGACAAAUUAGGCCGGACAAGUCGCUCGAACUGAAACGAUCUGAUCCAACAGGUAGAGCAGGCAUUGCGUGACACGUCUGUUAAUGUGACUGACCUCGAUAUGUUGUUCUCAAAUAAUGUGAACCUUAGGCCUGGAGAGCAGUAUGCGAUUGACGCCAUUCAACAACAGUUGUUGUCGGCAAUUCUCGGGUUUGGGGUGGCGACUUCGGCGUCGGGACUCACUACAUCUCUGUCUAUGGCCCAGUCGCAGCAGCAGCAGCAGCAACAAGAACAAUAAGUAGUAUCUUAGCGGUGUUCUGGGAUAUGGGGCUUCAUGUAUGUGCUUAAAUUGUCAUCCCAGAUUAGCCUGUGCAGACUGCACAUACAUAAAGUCCUAUUAAAUUGUCAUCCCAGAUUAGCCUGUGCAAACUACACAUACAUAAAGUCCUAUUAAAGUGUCAUCCCAGAUUAGCCUGUGCAGACUGCACAUACAUAAAGUCCUAUUAAAGUGUCAUCCCAGAUUAGCUUGUGCAUACUGCACAUACUUUAAGCCCUAUUUUCCCAGAAUGAGGCUCAUAUAGUUCACUUAAAAUCAGUAUUUUUUCUGCCUGAUUGAAGAAAUCUCCUAGCAUCAAAUGGUUAGUAUGUGUUUUUAAAAUUAAUCCACUUGAUAAAUAAAUAGCAAAUAGCAAUUGAUCUCAUAUCAGGUUUAAUGAUAGAAGGUGAAGGCAUAGUUUUGUCUACGUUUUGGCCGAAAUUCAGCCCUUGAACCAAGCUUUUAUCCUUUCAUACAAAAUCUGCUGUAAUAGACUGGUUAAAAUUUUAUUUAAUUUUAGCAAAACAAUUAUUUUAAUGACUUCAGCACAUUAUACAAUUAUUCCCUUCAAUAUUUAUUUAAGUUCCUGAAUUUUGUUUUAAGAGCCAGUUCCUACAGGAUCCCAUGCUGUCAUAGAUCGGUACCCAGCUGAACAACAGGCUGUCUGGUAAGCUGGGUCCGGAUAGGUGCAGCCAGUCUAAAGCUGGGGCUCCAAACUGUCCUGCCAAGUGGGCUGAUAUUACCUCUUCUACAAGGGACAUAUGUCAGUGAUGCGCAAAGAGCUGGUUUUCUAUUCACAGAGAAAAAUCCUAACAACUCCAACUCAUUCACUACAUCUCAAUAGGACAUCUUAUCAAUGAACAUGACGCCCUUUCCGGAAUGAACAGUGGCACUGCGAUUAAUGUGACCCUUCAGAGAAAAGGGAUUCCAGGACCAAUAUCACCCCAGUAUCAAUCAGGGCUCCAACAAUAGCCGCCCCCCAGCCCAAUCCUUGUGAGCACUUGGGAAGGGGUCAAGAUGCCCAGGGGGUCUUAACUCUGUUGUCAUGGGCUUCUCCCAGCAGCAGUGGAACAACCUGGUGUCCCAGGUCCAAUAUCUGAAGCACAACCACUUUCCAGCUGAGAGGCCCAUGAUGGAGAUACCAAAAAACACCAAGAUACCAAGCCGCGACUUGCUACCAUGUCCCGUGUCUACCUUACCCAGAAGUCAGACCCCUCCGUCUUCAACCAUGCCACGUAACCACAGGGGCGUUAACUAGGACUUGAACCAAGACAGGGACUUUUACUGCGAGACAGUUUGGGAGGUCCUGAAACAAUACUUCUCGUUCAGAACUGCUCAGGAGGGACGGUACUCUCUGUCGGAUUAUCUGGGGGCGUCCUUGUCUUCAAUUCAGUUCCCGUUGUCUACUCUGGUCCCAUGGGAAUGUAUUCAAAUCUCCAGUAGAGCUACCAAAACCAAAAAAGCAACUACCCGCAGCCAAACUUGCUAGUUUGGCACACACAUUUAGCACUGCAGGGAAAUGCAAAAGGCCAAACCAUGCCUCAGCCAAAUGGCAGCAACAUAAACUCUUAUCCGGGGCAGUCCGGUUUGCCGCAAAGUGAGCCCAAAAUGUUUGGCACCCCAGCAACAUCACGAGGUUACGUAAAAAAUUCGGAUUGUUCAAGAACAAACCCUGAACCCACCUUUCGGAGCAGGAAAUCUUAGCGAGGAACAAUUAUGGUGGAUAUCAAACCUGCCCAGACAAAAAAAACAAACUCAGGCACACCAACAGUUUUCAAGGCCGCAACCUUAAGCAGAAGAGAAGAAAUGCUGACUAGAGGUUUGUUGAGGAUGGACAGUGAGGAAAGUGGAUAGAAUUUAGCUAUUAGACAAGUUAGGAAAAACACGGUGAAAGAAAUCAUGUCAUACCUGUAUCAGCGAGAGUUGAAGUCAUUUAUAGUGGAUGUUGUUGCACUUAGGGAGUGUACAGAAGAAACGCAGGAUGGUGCUUUUUGUAUUUCAAUGAAGGGUUAGAGGUUGAUGAACGUGUAUCAAGCCAAGCCGCUAUUUGUGUAAUGCAAAUAGACUGUCUGUGGGAAAGCAUGGCUUUAUGCAUGUGUGUUAAGUGGCAGUCCACAAAGACUAAUCAGGGAUGAUAUUUUUGCCCAAACUAGAUUUCUCGUUUGGAAAAGACUACAUUUAAACAAAAUUUCCUUAAAAGCAGAGAGUUUUGUCACUUGAUAAGGACUGCAUUUUCUACCCGACACUUUACUUUACUCACGUGAAUUAAGCACAGUUUUCCCAGUGACAGGCUCUUCCAAUAUUGAACAUUUAACAUUGACAUUUGAAUCAUUCAUGCAAAGUGGCUGCUUAAACAAGCUGGCACAAAAUCUUAAUAUUAUUCAUUGAGACUAAGACAUAUUACUGCCUGCCAGUACAAAGAUUGAUUGAAUAGACAAUAACUGGUUCAGGGCAUUUGGAUUGUACUACAGUAACAUGUUGUAAAGUUUUAGGUGUUAACACCUGACUUAGUAUCCACUAUUAAAUAAUUGUUGCAGACAUUGUUCUACACGCAUCAAAGUAUUUUUUGGGGGAUGUAAUAUAAAAUGUUAUAAUAUUAAAAUGGCCAAGAUGCAAGUAAGAUACGUCAGAUUAUGAUGCAAACAUGCAUUAUUCAGAGCAAGUGUUAAAAAUCAUGUUGUACGAGAUUUUUUUUACAAAUUCAGUGCUUUCCACUGGCCAUAUAACAGUAAUUUGUGAGGGGGAAGGGGCUUGAAUACGGAAAUCAAAGUCUCCAUGACGUUUGAAUUUUAUGUAUCCGAUUAAUAUCUUUUCAGUAACUGAAACUUGACCAUUUGGCGAUCAUGCAAAGUUUGCAAAUCCUUGCCUUCUCAUGUAUACAUUUGUUGCUAGAUUACGUUGUUUCUGAUCUUUAUAAAUAAUUGUACAUAUAGAGUAUUUUAUAGAGUAACCUUUUUUAAAUUCUUAGAUGAUACAAAAAGUUCACGUUAAUGAACAUUUUGUUUGAAGUUUGUUUACUUUUUUCAGGAUAAUGGUAUAUUUAUUUAGUAUACCACUGUGCUAAAAUGUCAACUGGUUAUGUCCAGCGUUGUUUAUAAAUUAUAUACUAGCUAAUGUGCAAUGCAUUGUUUACAGUAAAGUUGGCAUACAAUAGUGUUGAAAUGUCUCAAAUUGCAGACUUUAAAUGUAACACUAUUAAAUAGUGAUUAUAGGCAGUUAAUUUGUUCCCCAGAUGUCAGAGGAAUAUUCUGUUACGUUUGGAAGAUAGGAUACAGUCAUAAGAAAGUGUAUUCAUUUCAUGCAUAAUAAUUGUUUUAUGUAUUUAUGUUAUGUGUAGUUGAUAUUAAACUUGUGUUCAAUGUA